AUGGCCAUCGGUGUGCCGGCCCAGCUGGGCAGGCGGCCCACCGGCCCCUGCCCCUCCCCCUCCCUCUCCCCCUCGCCCUCUCCACCGGCCGCAACGUCGCCGCCGCCUCGGGUGAGCACCACCCGCGAGGCGACCCCGACGCUACUGCCCUGGUCGCCUCGCUCGACUCCCCCCACCUCUCUGUGCCCCGCCUCCCUGCGCCCGGAUGCACUGGCCGUCGCCGCCGGUGAGCUGCGGCCGCCGCGCUCUCUGCCUCCGCCCCCGAGCUGUGGCCGCCGCGCUCUCUACCUCCCGCAUCAGCCCCCACGCGAGCGCAGCCGCACCCGCCCCACGCACAGCAGCAAAGAAGUGACGCCGGCGAGCUUACCUCGACUGGUGGCGGAGGAGAAGGGCGGCGGUGAGAAAUUUUGGCAGCCUGUCGGCGUCACUUUGAAUAGAACUGGCGCCUUCGAGACUUACAAAUUUUCGGGACUGGCCGCGACCUAUAUAAGGGCGGCAUUUCUACAGGCGGUUCGCAUUGACCACUGCCUGUAG